AUGUAAAAGGCAAGAGUAUUCUGAAAUAUAGAGACAACCUCCAGCAUAAGGACAGUGUUAAAGCCAGGAGUAUUCUGAAAUAUAGAGACAACUUACAGCAUAGGGAGAGUAUUAAAGCCCAAAGUUUUCUAAAAUAUAGAGACAAUGACCAGCAUAGAGAGACUGUUAAAGCUAAGAGUAAAGUAAAUAGUAUGGUGAACUAUAGAGACAGCAUCACGCAUAGAGAGAAGGUUAAAGAAAGGAGUAGAGAAGAAAGGAGAAGAAGGUAUCAUGAUAAUUCUACGUUUAAGCAGCAAGUUAUUGCCAGUGUUGGGUUUAGUAGGAAGCAGAAGACAGAGAAGUCAGGAGAUUUUGGUUUUGUUAUGCAUCAGUUUUUAGAGAAAGUCAGAGAUGGGCCACAUUUUGUGUGUUGUGUUUGUCACCGGUUGAUGUUUAGAUCUCAAUUGCUGACUUGUGAUAGGGAAAUGUAUAGUAGAAGUUCAGCAACAGCUGGUAUUGCAGAAAUGUGCAUUAGUGAGAAGUUUCUGCAUAGAUGUUCAGAUGACUGCGUUGUGCCCUGUCAGUUAGUUUCAUCCAGAGGUCAGCUUUGGAUUUGUUAUACCUGUCACAAUAAGAUAAGUAAAGGUCAGAUACCAGCUGAAUGUUGGGUUAAUACAUUGAUGCUUGAUCCAAUUCCACCUGAACUGGCAUGUCUGAAUAGUUUAGAACAACACCUGAUAGCUCUGCACAUUCCAUUCAUGAAAAUGUUGGCAUUGCCUAAAGGAGGACAGAACGGAGUACAUGGUCCGGUUACAUGUGUUCCAGCCAACAUAGUGCAGACGACUAAUGUGUUGCCACGUUGUAGCAUGGAAGGGUCUCUGCUACAGGUGAAAUUAAAGCGCAAAUUGACGUUUAAAGGACAUUACGAGUAUCAGUUUGUAGAUACUUCACGUGUAAGACAGGCGCUAGAGUAUUUAAAGAGAACUAAUAUUUAUUACAAUGAUAUUGAGUUUAACGAAGAGUGGGUAAACGAGUUUUGUAGGCAAAAAGAUGGGGAGAAUGAGGAGGAUCAGCCAGGUAGUGAGGAUGAAGCUGUUGUAGAAAAGGUAGCAUCAUGUCAGGAAGAUCUGGUUGUUAGAAGUGGUGAGGUGACAGCUCAGGCAGGUGGUGAGGUCACAGAACAGGCUGUAGUUGAUGGUGUGGAGGAAACAUCAGAGAUAAUACAGGAUGAAUUGUUACAUGACAGACAGCAGCACUGCAUGUUUCAGGACACUUGUCUUAUGCCUAUAGAUAUUGGUCGGGAAGCAUUAGACCAGUAUUUUGAUGACAUUGUAAACAUUGCGCCUGCAGAGGGGGAAUAGU